GACGACGAGCCAUGGGAGGUGGACCUUGCCGAACUAGAGUACGGACCAAUGCUGGGGUCCGGUGCCGCUGCGGACGUCUAUCGUGGUAUUUGGAGAGAGGCAGAUGUCGCUAUAAAGGAAAUCACCUGGGCUAAGGCGAGAGAGACCGAGGACAAAGUGGCUGAGUUCAAGCAGGAACUCGAGAUAGUCAUCAACCUUAGGCACCCCAACUUAGUGCUGUUCAUGGGCGCUUUCACCAAGUCCAGACCGCUUCGCCUGGUCACUGAACUCUGUGACGGAAAGACCUCGAUCUAA